AUGAAUAAUUAUUCCAGAGAUCCACCCAGCAAAAUUUUGCUUCUUGUUAUAACAUAACUAUCUCCAACCUUUCCACUUUGUAACGAUCUUCUUUUUGAGCAAUUCGCUAAAUAUGGUGAUAUCAAAAAAAUUCUCAUUUUCGAAAGAGGCAAGGCAAACAAAGCUUUUGUUGAAUAUUAUGAUGUGAAACAUGCCAUAGAAGCUAGAAAGGAUAAACUUGGCAAAUAUUUAGCUGAAGGUGAAGGAAAGUAAGUAUAUUUAAAUAAGUUUAGACUUACCAUCCAUUUCUCUCGCCUUAAAAAUCUUGAUCUAGAAGUUGUGGACAAAUCUCGAGGAACAGAUUAUACUUAAGCAAGCAGCACAAAUUCAGAGUAAAUGAAGCACUCUAAUACUGAUGAUCCCAACGUGCUUAGAUAAUAGAUUGAAUCAUUUACUCGUACUUUUACAUAAACUUCUUAAAGAAAUCUCACUCCUGCCAGAAAUGAUGAAAUUAACAACUUAUUGAAUUCAGAUUCUGAUGAUGACAUUGACAUAUGGAAAUAGCAGAAAUAACAAGGACCACAAAUAUCUUAAGAUGUUUAAAAUGUGAUCACUCAAAAACCAUCCAAAAUUAUUAAAGUGACAUCUAUCGAUGAUCGAGUUACUGCUAAAAUGCUAUAUAAUAUUUUUAACAAAUUUGGGAAUGUCGAAGAACUUCUAUAUGAAAAGUAAAUGCAAAGAGUCUUUGUCAGAUACUAAACUAUAGAAUUUGCUCAAAUUGCCAAAGAAUAUUUAAAUAAUAUUUAAUUUUUCGAUCAAUAAGUAAUCAAAAUAUAUUAACCUUUUAGUGGCGAAUUUUUUAUCACCCUUUACAACAGUUACAACCAACUACUAUUUCAGAUGAAUAUAUGAUAUACUAUAAUCCAAAUGGACCAAAAUUAAUUGUUCCUUUAUCAAAAACUAUCAUUCUUAGUGGUGUAAUUGAGGCUAUGGAAAUAUCAGAAAUGAUGAGACUUGUUGCUAAAGUCACUGGUAAUUCAUUUCUUAUAAAUUUAGAAAUUAAAAUUGUAGCUGCUGAUAGUUUAGAAAUCACAAUGAUGAAUAUUUCAGAAACUUUAAAAAUCAUAGCAGUAUUCUCUGACUAUGAAUACAAAAAUUAAAAAUUGAUUAUUUCUAUAAAAUGA